UCCCUAAUUUUGAAAAUUACUUACUUAUGCUCGAUUAUUUUACUUCUUUAUUUUCAGAUAAGAAAGAAUUGAGGGAUGUCUGCCAAAGCUUGAACGUCAAUGAAGAAUAUGUUAGUGCCUUAAGAACACAAUCAUAUAUCGAUUUCUUUGCAAAAGCUCAAUCGCUUGUAAAUGAGCCGCCGUCGUCAUCAUCACCGUUAUCACCAUUUCCAUCUUCCUGCUAUAAAAAAUUCUCUGAAUUUCUUCUUGAACCAGAUCAAGAAACUAUACCUGCAAUUCUUGAAUCAACUACUAUUUUUUCGAAAAUACCUGAACUCAAAACCCUAAUCCUUAACUACUUUGAAAUAAGUGCUGAAGCUUCAAAAAUUUGCAGUCAUCUUCUCACAAACAUUUCCCAGAUUCAAUCUCAUUACCAAUACAUUCAACGAGUGAUCGACACUACUAUUGAUGAUUUUGAUUACUCACCGGAGAAGGUAAAGCUUAUUGUUUCAGAGCUAAACUCAUUUAUCUUUCAAAGAAACCCAUUUUCCUCUCCCAAUAAGCACGAAUUCAAGCUUAUUCAUGAAAAGUACUCAUUAGCAUUAAAUCACCUAAAAUUAAAAAGAAAAAAAGUAGCUCGAAAAAUAAAGCUUAUGACAUGUAUACACAAGGCAAGUGGAGUUUGCAUAACAGCAGCUUGUUGUUUAAUUGCAAUAUCAGCCAUUGUUUUAGCAGCUCACACUCUUACUGCUUUAGUGAUGGGGCCUGUAAUAUUUGGAUUUCCAUUAAAAAGCUUUAAGAAAAGCUUCGGAUUUUUAAGAAGUGGAUCAUAUCUUAUGAAAGGUUGCCAGCAACUUGAUGUUGCAGCUAAAGGAACUUAUAUACUAAAUAGGGAUUUUGACACCAUGAGCAGACUUGUCGGUAGGCUUCAUGAUGAAGUUGAACAUAAUAAGGAAGUGAUUAAGUUUUGCUUGGAGAGAAGAGAACAUAAGUUUUUUCUGCAAGUAGUGAAAGAGCUGAAGAAGGGUGACGUUGGGUUUAGGAAGCAAAUAGAGGAGCUUGAAGAACAUAUUUAUCUUUGUCUUUUAACAAUUAAUAGAGCAAGAGGUUUAGUUAUUAAGGAAAUGACUACAAUUUCUAGUUUAGAUAGUUUGAGAUAGCAUGCUACUCUUAAAUAUUAAUUUCAGAGGAGUGGUAAAUAUUGUAUUAUGUAAAAAAAAAUUUGUUUUUGUACAUAUGUAUGACAAUUGAGC